GCUUCUGCUGCUUCUUCUUCUUCUUCUCAAUCUGCUCUUACCCUUUUCGUCUGAGGUUACAAUUUGCUUUAAAAUAGGUUCGGUUGAAUACACCAAGUAAAAGACGAAAAGCAUAAAAGUUCAUACUGGCGUAUAGAUAAGAUUUUGUUGAGAAUUUUCCAUAGGGAUGAAAUGGACGAUUUGAUGGUAUUGUUCCGGUUAGGUAAAUCAGAUGGACUCUGUAUUUCACAAGGUGGUCGGUUUCCACCAUUCUCAUCCCAAGGGAAGCCUCCAAAAAGGGUAAGCAAGGGAUCAAAAGAUUUGACCCUUUGCAGGGUGUUCUGCCGAAAAACUUGCUGCGAUGCAGCUCAGACACAUCCUGCUUUGUUAACCAUUAGGAAGCUGGCUUCAACAGGAGAAGCCAGUCAAGAAUGCUUGCAAUUGUGGGAGCUAUUGGAGUGUUCAAUCUGUGAUCCACGUGUUGGUGUUCAGCCAGGACCUCCUUUAAUAUGCACCUCUUUCUGCGACAGGGUCUUUGGGGCAUGCUCUGAUGCUUACUUCUCCAUGGAGACUGUGACACAGGUUCUAGCACCAUGUGGAGUAAACGAUUUCGUUUGUGGUAGGGCUUCACAGUGGGUUCACAACGGUACAGAGCUGUGUCACGCUGCAGGUUUAGCAGUUAAAGAUGAUGCACAUGUUGAAGAAAAAUCAUGCUAUGGUAGUAAAGCCAGUCUUGAUUUGAUUGCUGAUUCGUGGAAAGCUUCACGGUCUGUGGUGCUGCAGAAAGGUGGUGGCUUGGGGGUGUUGGAUGACUUUCAGCAGUGGGCGGCGGAAAUGCCGUUUAGUGAAAGAGUUUCAUGGGCAGUCGGAGGGAUGGUUCUUACGGCAGGAUUGUUGUUUCUGAGCAAACGGAAAAACUACAGUCAGCGUCAGAAGCUUGCCGGUAUUCAGCGGACUGCGAAGAAACUAGAAACCAAGAAGAGCCAGAAAUCUCCUGGCAAUCAAGGAAAUAAGAAGGGAAGAUGAUGAUCUCGUGUUAGGUGAGCGUAAUUAGUUUGUCAAUUUACAGGUGAAUCAUAGUUGAAUUGUUGUAAAAUUAAAACUUUUCUUGCUCUUGUACUAUUUUAUUAGAAGUAGACUUGUAUUAGCAGACAGUGUUUAUCCAAUAUUUUGGAUUCAUGAGUUUCAAUUUUGAAAAUUACAAUCUGGAGUUUCUCUUC